AUGGCUCCUACAAAGGCCUCGUCCAUUUCCCACCAUCGGUCCACCUCGGUGGCCUCCAUCACCUUCAACCUGGGCUCGUCCGACUCGUCCGACACCGACGACGACACGCCGCUGCCGUUCCCGACAGCCCUCCCCCGAUCCGACUUUCUCAGUCCCGAUUUCCAUCCCGCCCCCUACCUCUCGGCCCUUCCGCACCGUCAUCAGACCCUAGAAGACCUCCGGUCGGACCUGAGGGACCGAAGCACAAACAUCAGCUCGGAGCUUCUGGAGCUCGUCAACUCAAACUAUACCGCCUUUCUCUCCUUGGGAACCGAAUUGCGCGGCGGCGACGAAAAGGUAGAGGGUGUCAAGGUUGCUCUGCUCGGAUUUCGGCGAGCCGUCGAAGAGAUCAAAGCCGCCGUCGCCACGAGACGGGAACAGACGCAAGCGCUCACCGAUGAGCUCCGCGAGGUGCGAUCGGAUAUUGAGCAGGGCCGAAAGAUGAUUGAGCUCUCGGACCGGCUGUCGGCAUUGGAAGAGAGUCUAGUGGUCGCUGGCUUGCCCGACGGCGAGCGGGAGUGGGAGGACGACGACGAUGACGGUGACGACGACGACGACAACGACAAGGAGGAGGAAAAUGCCGACGGGCUUCUAUGCAGCCCUCCGACCAAGCUACUGCAGUCCGCACGCGAAUGUCGCAAGAUCAUGGCGCUCAAGGAAAGCCUCGACCAGGAGCACCCGUUCAUCAUCAAGAUGGAGGAGCGCCUGACGAGAUGUCGCAACACCUUGCUUCUGGACCUAGGCAACGCACUCAAGGAAGCGAGGGCCGCUGGUUUGCGAGGACACAACCGGAUACUGAGAUACCUCGAGGUCUAUCGCAUACUAGGCGCCCAUGACGAAGCCGUCAAGGCACUGCGCAAGGGGUGA